AUGCAGGACCUGGUCGUGGCCCCCCUGGGCAGCCAGCAUCUUCUACUCCAGAAACUGCAGCGCGCCAUCUACGAGAAACUGCAACAAACGGUGGGCCACCUCUCGGCCAACAUGGUGGCCAGUACAGCCACCGACCUGGCCAGCAACUCCCUCUACCCGUGCUCUUUGCGCCUUCUCCGACCACUGGUUUUGGAAGACAAAGCGUCUGCUGAUGCAGCAGUGGAUCCUCAGGCACAAAGCAUCAACCGACGAUGCGCACCACGCAAUCGAGACUUUGGAGGAGCUGGAGAUUCGAGAUCAGCGCUCGGAGGCAGAGACACAGACGUGGCUCGAAGAUCGGCGAGCUACGGUGCACAGUCCGCGCAAGUGGUGUCAAGUGGCCUUCCAGGAACAGCAGAAGGAAAUGUUGAGUGCCAAGGACCAGGCGAAACUCAUGAGUCGUCUCAUGGAGACGCCAGGGACCGGGCAGCCAAACAGCAGCCCCCAGUGGUCACAUGGACCGAAGUUUCCCCGAAGCGACCACCAGGCCGGCAGCUGGGGCAACCGACGCUCCAAAGGUGGAUGGGGAACCGGCAGCUGGUGGCCGUACCAAGAGCAGGAGGAGACGGGCGCCUCCAAGACUGCCGAGGUGGUGGAGUUGUGCUACACAAUGGCACAGCCUGUGCUGAGGCACGAGGAUCAGCACAACAUCAACCGGAUCGAGAGCGGCUUUGUGUUGUUCUGCCAGACGGGAUGUUGUCGAUGGUGCCAAACAUGCACAAGGCCACAACGGUUUGGCAGAAAGCCAAAGCCGAGAACCCUCAGAACCUCACCCUGACACUCCGCUCGAAGCUGCUGCAGAGGUUCACCACGGUUUGGCUGCAAUGCUUGGAUGCGUGCUUGGUAACGGAGGAAUCCAAGAAGCAGGCAGCAGCAAUCGUGAUCCUCAAUGAUCCUCAAUGCGGACGGCACAGUUCCGUACUUGCAAUACAACAAGGCAAAGAGAAAUUCUUCCGAUGUGGCUUCGCGCGAAAGAAGCAGAUCGCUGCUGGCAACACUGUUCCAGACUGGCUCACGCAGGAGUGUGCCGAGCAGUAG